AUGCCCAAAAUUGGGUCAGACAUGGCUCUAGCCGGCCAGGGGGACAGUCUCAAGGGCCACGCGCUUUGGGCCUGGGGCGCUAAUAAUUAUGGACAAUUAGGCUUGGGGUGCACUUUCGAGCAAUGUGAGACACCUACCCAAGUAGGCGUGGAAUGGCCCACCGACGUCCGUGUUGCCAAGAUGGCCGGUGGGGGUGGACACACUUUCGCGUUGGCCACGGAUGGCUCUUUGUGGGGAACAGGGUGGAACAAUAAAGGCCAGCUAGGCCUACCAGACCGACAGGAUAGGCAUUGUUUCUCGCGCAUAAUUAUGGAGGCGCCGUUGCAGGAUAUUGGUUGCGGUUGGGACUUCAGUUUGGCGUUAACUGUGGACGGCCAAGUUCUGGGAUGCGGUUCAAACGCUUUUGGCCAACUCGGUUUGACGCCCAAGAUGAUCACGCGUUUCACAGUCAUCCCAACGCUUAGUUCGAUCAUAGCUGUGGCAGCUGGAAUGCGCCAUAGCAUAUUCCUACAUCGAAAUGGGUCAGUCUUGGGCUGUGGUAGUAACCGCAAAGGACAAUUAUCCCGAGUGGAACCUGCAUCCAUUCCCUAUCCCGAGCCACUAGCCACUCACCUACCCCCUGUCUCGCAAAUCUAUGCCGGUCAAAACCAUUCCGUUUUUAACACCUCGGAUGGCGUGUACGGCUGUGGUGAUAAUAAACAUGGGCAAUUGGGUCAUCGGACUACGGAUCAAAGUCCAAGGGUCUUUCAGAUCACUCCCGAGUGUUAUGCUAAAUUAUCGUUGGGCUGGACCCACGUACUGGCUCUCAAAGAAGAUCAUUCCUUACAUACUUGGGGCCGAAAUACGUACGAGCAAUUGGGACGUAGUUUUGAGGCCAGCCUUGCUAUUUUGUCCAAUGUGGAAGACAUCAGUGCCGGCUACGAGCACAAUCUCGCCCUGACCACCGAUGGCGAGCUUCUAGCUUGGGGGUGGAAUGAGCAUGGCAAUUGUGGCGAUGGAUCCGUUCAAAAUGUCCCUCGUGCCAAGACUAUAAGUGUGCCUCUCCGUUCAGUGGGACUUUUUGUGGCCCUCUCUGGACACAGUUUUGCUUAUGGUUGA